AUGGCGUCGGUUGAUGCCCCUCGGCGCGAUCCGUACGAUGAAGCGGAAAACACCGUCCGGAAAAACAUCCGGAAGCUCAUCGUACUCCAAUCACAGGUGAUGGAGGAACUGAGUAAGCUCCCGAAACACACGCGGGUAUCUGCCACAACCAAGGGAGCGGAGCUAUUGACCGUCUGCGCGGGCAUCGAGAGCGACAUCUCGGAGCUGCAGAAGGUGAUUGACACGAUCAAGCGAAACGGCGAAAAGUACCGGAUUUCGGCUAAGAUCAUAUCAUCACGCCAAAACACCAUCGAUGAGUUCAAGUCAAAGCUCAAGAGUGUGCGCGAUCGUAACGAAGCGAACGACAAUGCAGCAGCCAAUGCGGCGUCGAGCACUCCCAGCAGAUUGGGCAACUCCUUGGUGGAACACCAGCUGCAAACACAGAAGCAGGACCUUUUGGAACAGCAGGACGUGCAGCUGUCGGUCUUGACGACCUCUGCGCAGUCCCUUCAGAACAACGCUCUGGCGAUCAACACGGAAGUAACCACGCAGAACACGCUCCUGCGCAGCGUAGAUGAGGGCUUUACGGAGACCCAGCUCCGAUUGAACGCUUUCAGCAAACGGAUGGCUGUAUUUUUGGACACGAACAACCCUUCGUUGCUGAAGCUGGUCAUCAUGCUCUCCGCCAUCGCCAUUCUUCUGCUGAUGGUAAUAAUAGUGUUUUAG